UUUACUGUGUAAGGUGUCCUGCCAUCCUACAAGCAGCCAUGUCUGGAGGUCCACCCUGGAUGCCAGCACCUGUGUGCUUGAUUGAGAAUGCAAAGGAGGGACUGCGGACAGUGGAAUCAGCCCUGGACAUCCUCAGGGGGAUCCAGCAGCCUUUGGUGGUGGUGGCUGUGGUGGGGUUGUACCGCACUGGCAAGUCUUACCUCAUGAAUCGGCUAGCUGGGCAACAGUCAGGCUUUGCUCUGGGCAGCACCCUUGAGUCUAAGACCAAAGGCAUCUGGAUGUGGUGUGUGCCUCACCCCUCUAAACCAGGACAUACGCUGUUGCUGCUAGACACUGAAGGACUGGGUGAUGUCGGCAAGGGCGAUUCGAAGAACGAUGCCUGGAUCUUCUGUCUGGGCGUGCUGCUCAGUAGCACUCUGGUGUACAACAGCAGAGGCACCAUCGACAACCAAGCCCUGGAGAAACUCCACUAUGUGACUGAGCUGACAGAUCACAUCCGGAUAAAGUCAGCUGCCGCCCGUGAUGAGGAUGAUGAGGAAGAGGACUGUAAGUUUGUCCGCUUCUUCCCCGGCUUCGUCUGGGCCGUUCGGGACUUCACUCUGGAGAGGAAGAUCGAUGGUCGGAAUGUGAGUGAGGAUGAGUACCUGGACUUUGCCCUGCAGCUGAAGAAAGGUCAGGCUACUAAAGUGCUGACCUACAACCAACCGAGACAGUGCAUCCGGAAUUUCUUCCCAACCCGAAAGUGCUUCACAUUCCCAUUCCCAACGUCCGCAAAGAAAAUGAUGAACCUAGAUUCCAUGGCAGAGGCCGACAUUUGCCCAGACUUCCUGAGUGUCGCUAACCGCUUCUGCAGUUACGUCUUUGCAGAGAGCCACGUGAAGACGGUACAGGGUGGCCACAAGGUCACCGGCAGCCGGUUCAGCCAUCUUGUGAAGAUCUACGUAGACACCAUCAACAGUGGCGCCGUUCCCUGUCUGGAGAAUGCUGUGGUUGCCAUGGCAGAGAUUGAAAACCAGUCGGCCAUGAAUGAGGGCUUCCGGCUCUAUGAGCAGGGCAUGGGGGAUUUGAGUAAGACCUUUCCCAUGGAUGUUGGAACUGCCUCGGCAGAACACCAACGCCUCUACGCCAUGGCAACGAAGGAAUUCCUCAAACAUUCCUUCAAGGAUGAGAAGGGGAAAUACACAAGACAGCUGGCGGAGAAGGUGACUCUGCUCUCUGAGAAGCUGAUCACUCUGAACAUGGAGGCCUCAGAGAAGCUGUGUCAGAAGCUUCUACUGGGUCUGUACGCAACGAUGGCCAUCAACCUUAAGCAGGGCAGAUAUUCCAAGGCAGGCGGCUAUGAGAUCUACUGCCGUGACCGAGACGCCAUGGUGGCCAAGUACCGGCAACAUGACAAGAAGGGCAUGAAGGGGGAAAAGGUGUUGGAGGAGUUUCUCCAGGAGAAGAACGCUGAGGCCAACUUCAUCCUGAAGGCUGAUGAGAAACUCACAGAGGUUGAGAAGGAGAUGGCCGAGGCCCGUGAGCAGGCGAGGGUGCAGGAGCAGAAGGCCAAGGCCGAGGAGCAGCGGUCUCAGGACCUGCAGCGCGCCCUGGAGGACGAGCGUCGCAGCCAGGAGGCCCGUGUGAGGUGCCUGCAGGAGAAGAUGGAGGAGGAGAUGCAGCUCCAGCGUGAGGAGUUAAAGCAAGCCCUCGAUAGCAAACUGAAGGAGCAGAGGGAGAUGCUGGAGAAGGGCUUCAAGGACCAGGCUGAUAUCAUGGGCCAGGAGAUCGAGCAACUCAAGAAGGAGAUGCAGAAGAUUCAAGAGGUCAAGCCAGGGUUCUUUGAGCAAGUCAUCAUGCCUUUAGCCAAUAUCGGCACUGGAAUCCUCUCCAACUACCUGCAGUACAAACAACUCUAA